AUGAAAGGUAAUUUUACACUCAUCUUGCUUGUAAGACAUCUUUUUGCAGCGCUUACAAGUGGCAUGGAAGAUUAUCCUUUUACUAUUCUUACUGUGUUUAUAUUAAGGGCAAGUGGAAUUAUUGUGCCCAUGUACAUAAUAAUUAGGACAAUUGGAGGCAUACAUAGUAGUAUUCACCGCCACUAUCAUCAGGAUUCUGACGAUGAUGACACAUCGACAAUAUCUGAUGGAGAUGAUGAAGAAAACGAGACAAGCCAGGAUGAAGAUUUAGAAUAUUCAUAGUUAUGGUUGUCAUGGUAUGCUUUAAUUGUAUCGGAGCAUUGUGCUAAUGCUCGUCAAA